AUGUCGUUCUUUGGGUUCGACACGACUCUUGAUAGACUUGACUCUAAAAAUGGAGGUCAUGGUGAAGAGCCUAUUGCAGUGUAUGACUGGGGAUCCGAAAGAUAUGAAAAGUUUGGGGCUGCCUUAGAUGACACACUCGACGAACUCAAUGAUGAAACGUUUGGCAUAUCCUCAGAGGAUGUAGGCAAGGAUUUUGAUUUCUCCGGAACAAAAGGAGCCACACAGAAGCCAUCAGAAACUAUUCCUUCAGCUAAAAUUACGAACCAACAGCCAACAGCAACCAAUGUCAAUAAUGACCUUACUUCUCGCCCGAGCCAGUCGUCACUGGAUGUUAUAUGGAACGACAGAUCCGUAGCAUCAGUCCUGGGCCGUGUAGGUAGCGACACUUGGAACAAACCUUCUCAAGCCAACGAUGGGAGCAGCCCAUUCUCUCCUUUCAAUUCUUCGUCUCAGGUCCAACCACAGAGUACUCAGCAGUCGUCUCAGCCACGCAUCCGUACCCUACAAGAGAUCGAAGCAGAACAACUUGCCAGAGUCCGUGGGAUCGGGUCGUCUCCCGCAAUACAGAAUGCAUCCCCUGCAGUUCAUCACGCUGCGCCAGCCAUGCAUCAGGGGUCGCCAGGAAUACCUACACACCAAGGUCCAUCCCCGUUGCACCAGAAUGCGUCUGCAAUGCACCAAGGCUCACUGGGAAUGCAUCAGUUUGCCCCGGGAAUCCACCAGGGCAAUCCUCCUGUGCAUCAAAAUUCGCCCACGAUGCAUCAAGCCUCGCCCUUUGCACACAACCGCGCUCAAUCGUUGGCACAGCAGCAUGUGCGGACCCAAUCCCAGAUCGCCGCUCUUGAAGGGCUUGAGCGUGAGAUGCAGGCAAUGCAGCUAGGCGGUGGAAUGGGCUUUCGUAUGGGUGCGAUGGGUAUCAACCAAGUAGGUGUAGGUUUGAAUCAAGGUGGCAUGAUGGGUGUGAAUCAAGGCCCUCACCCAAAUAUGGGGAUCGGACCUGGCGGAAUGAUGGGGAUGGGAGGGUUUGAGCAGCUUCAACACCAACGGACGCCUAGUCUAAACACAAAACAGCAGCAACAGCAGCAGAUAUUGAUGGGAAUGCAUGGCAUCGAUUCGCACCCAGAUAUGAUGAUGCUGCCUCCCGAACAACGCGAAGCUGUUAUGGGUGAAGCCAUGAGAAAAAUCAUGGAGACGGAGCGAAUGGAGGAAAAGAGGCGUAUCAAGGCGAUUAAGAUCGCGCAGAUGUCCAAGUAUAACGAUCUGAUGAGUCAAUCGGACAAGGACUUCAUUACUCGGAUCCAGGUCUCGCAACUAGUCACUCUAGAUCCUUCUGAAGAUUUCUACGCCAAUUCGCUUGGAUCCUCUGGUAUUGCCGCCGCUGCCUCCCAUACCCGAGGACGAAGACGAGAGAAUGCACUGGCAAAAAUGGCCACUCAAGUCGAACGAAUUGUGAACAAUGCGAAGGCACGCGAGCUGGAGAAAGGCGCCCAGAGCGCGAGCCAUUUACAGGGCGCACUGGGUAAAGUUUCUGGUCGGAGCUACAAAGCUGCUCCUCGCCAGCUCCUGCAAGUAGAGCACGAUCAUAUAUCGAAGGAAGAUGCCGCAACAGCAAAACAAGCAGCUCAAUUAGGGCGUGAGGCACUGGGUAAUCAGCCGGGCGCAGGAGCCGGGAUCGUGAAGCGGGACCCACUGACCAGGCGCGAAGCUCUGCUCACACUAGAGGCGAUCUAUGACCGCGUUAUCAAAAUCGAGCAAUUCCAAAGGGCAGCACCCUCUCCUGAAGAUCCCCCAGCCCAGGAAAAAUGGCGAGAGGCAUACGAAACUGAGAUUGAAGCACUAUGGGCGUUCUUACCGAUCCUCACACCCCUUGAGACCAGCAACCCGCAUCCUUUUGCUUCGCUUUUAACUCCGUCCAAGGGCAAACGCCUUAUUCCACGACUCACCCGAUUAUUCGACUCGAAUCGGGUGCUCACGAUGUACACACUUUUAAUUGCUGUCUUCUCUCAACUUGAUGUAGUGCGCGAGGCAGAGCAGAAUCACUUGCAAACCGAUCUGUUCAUGACCAGCGUUCUGCCACCCUUGGUCCCAAUUCUGGGUAAUGCGGGGUUACGCUUCGUGCAUGGCCUUUUGGGGUUGUUGAUCGAGAGUGGUUCCAAUUUAGUACAACUCGCCGGGACCAAGCCGGGUAUUGCUGUACUAACCAUCCUGCUCAGUCGAGUAGGGAUUCUCAAGACCGAGACCGAGGCCCCAAGCAGUAACGAACUGCAAGCAUGGCAAAAUGUGUUUGAUACACUCUUCCGUUCUCUUGCCCAGCAUCUUGUAUCACUUUUCCCAUCGACAAGACAUGCUGCCGCUCAGACAUUUGGGGGUGCCCUUUACUUACCCGAGGGACCCGAUGUGGCGGAUGAGCCCGUUUGGCAAUUCUGUGCAGCACUAGCUGUGAAUGCAGACAUGCAGCAGCAGCAGCAAUUGGUUGCUGAACUACGAGAUAAAGUACUCGAAAAUGUGGCAGGAGCCACGAAGGGUUGGGUUGCGGACGAGCGAUCAGAGCGUUGA